GAACGAUGCUGAGAGGUAUGAUGAAUUUGAAACAAGGGGCAACAGCAGACGACAGAUGGGGGAGUGGAUGAUAUGGAAACCAACGACAGCAGGCCUGUUGUAAACAAUCAAGAUACCACUGAAGACAUUCUGGCAAAGUAUCGAAGAAAGAUUUCGAGUUCUAGUGAAGCUGCAACUUCUGGUGCAUCAGACUCGACAGGAAGUGGCAGUGGAAGUUCAUGUUCCAAGAAGAAUAAUUUGCGACACAAUGACAAUAAUAAUAUGGAUUCAAUUUUAGAUAAACAAAGAAUGCGUAACAGUAUAUCAACAAUGGAGCCUUCUUCUUGCAAUUACGAAGAUGCGAAACAUAAACUCAGGCUGGUUCUGUCCAAUGUGGAUUUGCAAAGUGUAGACUUCAAUACGAGCUGUGCUCUUUCUGAAAACACUCUAACAACUUUCCUGCGCAUUCUUCUCUCUGAGUCCCACAGCACAAAUCUAGAUGAUAAUUCCCUGUCAGUGCAACUCUACGAGACGAUGAGAAGUAUAGAACAACUAUCGAGAUCUACAGGUCUCAAUGGUAUUCUGGAUCUGUGUCGAGAUCUGCAAUUUGAAUAUCAGUCUAGAUCGCUUUAUGUACAAUAUUUGGUUAACACGAGAAGAGUUUUGUUGCAAACUUUGGCCUACUUGGAAAGGAUUUUAAAUCGUUUGAACUCUGAGCGAACAGCAUGUGAUGAACAUUUACUUCGAGUUGGUGUCAGGGCUUUCCUCGAAAGCAGAGAGCGAGAAAUGACGACUUUCUGUGAGGAUUUUUGUGCUUUGAGAUUGUCGGAUGAAAAAAUUGAUUUGCUGGAGACUUUCUUAAGAGCUAUGCACAGUAGCAUGCUGAAGGAUGUUAAUUGGCAAGCUGCCAGUGAAGAGCAACUCGCAGCAGCCACCCUCUGCAUAGAACGCAUAGUGAUGAGCCGAGUCUACCUAAACGCCCUUUACCCCAACGGCGAAGGCGACAUAGCCCGAGACAACGUCCUGCACGCCCACAUGGAGCGCCUGUCCCGUGUGGUCACGGUCAGUCAUCGAGACCUCAGGAUCCCGAUGAGGCACCAGAGAGAGGCCCCGUGGCCCAGAAGUCAGGCAUUGCUCAGGCAGAUGUCCGCCUAUAGGGCUGCCAGGGACAAGGCGAGGUGCGUGGCCAGGUGUGUGACUUCGGUUAUGCACGUGCUGGCCAUGACGUCGCCAAGGGCCACUCCUUCGGCUGAUGAUUUGGUACCUGUUUUGGUCUUCAUUUUGAUAAAGGCCAAUCCUCCUGCCUUAUUGUCCACUGUCGAGUACGUUAACAGUUUUUAUGGUAACUGCUUGCAAGGAGCCGAACACUAUUGGUGGAUACAAUUCUGUUCAGCAAUCGAAUUCAUUAAAACCAUGGAUGAUAAUUAG